AUGUUCACCUCUCACCACCGUCUGCUUCCCCUCCUCACCUUUCUCUUCCCCUUUCCUCCGUAUGUGCAGAGGCCCCUCUCCGAUCUUCACCACUACACGAACCGUACGUGUGCUACGGAGGGAGUCACUUAUGGCGUUCUCCUACGUGGGAUGCGACUUAUCAACUCGACUGCUUCGACAGAGAGCUGCGGCGCUGUCGACAGUGUGCAUCUAAUCCACUCCAUUUGUGCACUCGAUGAUCAUACGCUCGUCUUUGCCAUCGCCACCACUGCGUGCGUCAACUCCGCGGCAGGUGGCUCUUUUGGCGCUGUGCGUUUCUCCUUGCGCGAGGCGUCCGAUGAUGCUGCGAAGGAAAAAUCUUGUGGGCCUCGACCGUUGUCUUGUGAUACCUCUCCCACCGGUGUCCUUCGUUCUGCACUUUACGCACGCUCAUUGAAAGCCUCGCGCGGGGCCGACUUCUCGUCCAGUGCGCACGAAGAAUGCAACGAGUAUCCUGAGUGCUGCAGCGGGGCAGACUCAGCAGGUGGUGUGGGGAAUUCGUUGACUAUGCCAACCCUCGGUUCGCAUUCGCGACAGUCGUGCUUACCGCUGGAACGCGCAGCCCCGGCUUGGGCUGCAACCGUGGCGUCGUUAUCAGAGAGGUCACGCGACUCCUUGGCGGUUCUCCGGGCCUUGCAGGUGAGUCCAUCUUUACACCUCUGCGGUGCGGCUUCAAAGGAGCCCCCCGCUGGUACGCCGCCGACUUCUUUUCAGCCAUCCCCGUCGCACGUCUCCGGUGACGCCUUGGUGGCUCUUCAUGUGGUGCGGCAAGAGGCUUGGCAGUGCUCCCCAGAUGCGGCGAGUACGGCAACGCAGUUUACCAUGGCUCACAAUGCCUCGUCUGCCACACUUCUCUCGACAGAUGUGCUCUGUUACUUCGAUUGCGGUUGCGCUGCCUUGGCGACCUUCAAACUCACGCGCCGCUUGCCAGCUUCGGAGUGGUCUGUGCAAUUGAGCGAGUGCGCAUGGAUUCCCUCUGCCACGUCGCCACGGUCAGCACCGAGUCGCGGCGGCGGCGCAGUAAAGGGUGGGACUUCUCUCUCGACAUACGAGACUGGUGUUCCUCUCGUGAGCUCACUCGUGCGACCGUUGCCUACGACCGCAUCGCUGGCGACCUGUGCAGAUGACAACCACGACGGUCGCAACUCGUUGUUGGAGUUGCUGGUUGUGUGGUGCAGCCCCACCGUCGCAUCUUCCUCUUCGGGCUUCUCUUUGUUGUCUUGCACGCGCCCCGUCGCGAGGUACACUAGUCUCCGCUGCUGCUGCAGAGCCCCGGCGACGACCUCGACGGUCGAACGUGAAUGGCGGCUGCACAGUCAAGCGAUUUUUGACAUGAGCGAGCUGCUGAACGUCGCCCCGAGUGCGUCGCUGUCGAGUAAGGGCGUACAUGACUGUGCUUCAUUAUGCAACGUCUUGCCCCACUCUAGCGUGCGCAGUCUCAGCUGGCUGCCUGGGACGGCUGACUUCACGCAGUCGUACCCACUCCUCGCCGUGCUCUACGCGGCCCCCACUGUGCAGGCUUGUCAUGUCAACAGUGUCGGCGGCAUCCCUACUGAGUUGUGUCUAGACUCGCUGGCCGUGUGCUACCUGAAGGAGGAUGGCCAUAACUUGAAUGCUGUCACUACUCCCCACAAGACGCCGCCGAUGGUGACGGGACGUCUGCUGGUUGGGCCGUGGUCUGUGCGCGGACUUUCGUUGGCCCACCCACAGUUUCUCUUUGCCACUGCGCUAGCUGGGCUGCGUUCGCCACUUUCCCAUCCUCCUCUCGCCAUGAAUGCGCGGUUCGCUGCUGGCCCAGUCGCCUCUGCCUCGCCCUCGGCUGCGCAGGUAUUUCGUGCCACACUCCACUCCUCUGCUGAUGAGGCGGCUGCGGUUCUUGGUGUCUUUCAGCGUCCCGUGCAGGAGCCAUACGCACCGAGUAGUGUUUUUCGCAGCGUCGCUACCACCAUUAGUCGCCGCAGACACGGAGGAAAGGCGAUGGCAGGCACGCCGCUCGCUAAUGGCAAUAUGGCACGCUUGAGAGAACUUUCACAGCUCCAGUAUGCAGGCGGGGAGCCGGACAAUCUUAGCGCCCCUCGCAACUCAAAGGCCUUUGCGUUCGUACUCUAUGGCUCCGAGGGCGAGGUGGCGCGAUGCGUCCUGGACGGCUACGUAGAGGAUGCACAGACAACCUGGCUGGCCCCACGCAUCAUGCCGGCUCACAAGGACGGCAACUCACGUGCAACUGGAGACGUGCUUGGGCGUGGCGAUGAAGGGGUGUCACGUACUGUUGCACAUGUCUGUGCUCUUCUCUCGGAGAAGCCCUCGACACUUUCCGCAGCGAAGGUGCACUGGCACAGUGCUGUUGUCAUUGCCAUUCAGGCGCAGUGGACGCGGGCUCCACCAAUGGUGGCUGAACGUUGGCAUGACAACGAGCCUUGCAGCCGCAGCCGCAGCAGUGCUGGCGAUCACUGGAGCUUCUCCGUGCAGGUUACACAGAGACUGCGUUCAUCAGGGGUGCCUGGGGGUGUGCUGUCGCGUCCCUGGUGUGCCACACCGCUGACCAUGGUGGGGCGGAUUCUCUGUUGGCGCUCUGCAGCAGCGGACUGUGACACAACGUCCGGCGAUGUUAGCUGUCUUGUGUGCGGAUACGCAACAAUACCGCACCACGGUGGCACCGCAUCGAGUGUAGUGGAUGCUUCCGAUAAUAUCCUGCUUGAGGGCGUCUUUGAGCUUUGGCUGAGCGCUUCAGUGAUGAGCAGUAGUGAUGAUGGUAGUGGCCGCCCAGCGACAGUUACACCGGCGACGAAUGCAACCUUGGGUAUCGAGCAGCGAAGAGGCACGGAGACCUCGAGUGCGGCUGCGUCGCUACCACAGUCGACAGCAGGCCUCUGUCCAUGGGCAGUGGGUAGCUGCACUCGAGUCGCGUCGCCUUCUGCCUUCUCGGCUGUUCUCCAUAACGCAAGCACCACUGACACCCUCGCCACCGCGUUCGAUCUGCUGUCGCACACGCCCACGUUCUUGGUUUCUGCAGCGAGGUUUGGGUCGACCGUAAGUGACGGGGUGGUGCCUGUUGCGCUUGCAUGGGUUGGCGGUGGAGUCGAAGCCGACAUAGACAACCUCGCUCGAGCAGCUCCGUCCUUAUCCGGCGCCACUACGCCAUCCAAAGCAUCACUACUCUCUUGUGUGAGGCAGCUAGAUGCGGUGGCGCUACUGCGCAGCGGUGAUGUUGUUGGUUGGAGAUGCACCAGCUCCUUCUCUGCUGCUGCGACAGCAGCUGGCAUUCCCAGCGGCGAGGGCGUGGUACUGCAUCUUGGCGUCAUUUGGCGGGGACUUGCGCACGGCACCACCCAGCCACUGAACGAGCUCUUUUGCAAGCUGCUGCUGGGCAGUGGGAUCGGUGCCGAUGCCGUUCAUAUGGAGGUGGUCACGUCGCCAAUGGAGGACAAAUCGCGACGGGUCGACCAUCGGCAAGCGGGUGUCGGCGAGUCAGCGAUGGAGGGUCGCAGCAGCUCCUCGGCGAGUCUUGUGGCGGAGAUGGCGGCGAAGGGUACGGUGCUUCUCGUGCUGGCAGUCGGAUCUCUUGUCGGGGUUGUGGAUCUCGCCGCCGAAGCGGUGGUCUUUGUACGGGACCUUCGCGCGGACUUGCCCGGAAUUUCAGAGCGGGAGGGUGAUACAAUUGGUCGUCGUGCUGCUUCCCCAGCGACUGCGGAUGGCGCUACCACCCUUGUCACCGCAUCGGUACUGCGUCUGCAGCGACUUCCUGUAGUCACACCGUGUGGGUGGAUGGCAGCUGGUGAGGUGGCUCAACAAGGUGCAGGAGCCGCUGUCGGCGAGUCCUGGUACUUUGUGUGGUCUGGUGCCACGGAGCCGCAGCGGGGCCACUCCUCGUUGGCCUUUGUGCUUCGGCUUUCGUUUCUGCGUUGGGUGGACGUCGUGUCGGCGCACGUGGGCGCGGCUAGUAACUCUGCUGCUGGGGGUGCUGCGCCGACGGCAUCCGUCUUCGACACGGAACCUUCACCGGCGCCCCUGGUGACACUUCAGGUGGACGUGCGCUUGCAAGGCGAAGCCAAACCGCCCGGUUACAGCGCUGCUGUCUCAUCUGUCUCUCCUCCUCCUCCUUCACACCAUCUCUCAGUGAGUCGCUCCUGCAGCUCUGCGACCGCGUAUAUCGGAUGGCUAUUAUGCCCCACAGGAUGCGCUGACGACGGCGUUGGUUGUGCAGCACCGCGUGGCACAACAGCAAACGUGGAGGCUGCGGCCUCUUCAGGUGAUACAGCCGGCUAUCUUCCGUUGCUAAGUGUGUGCGAUGCCGCACUGCUGCGGUCUCUCUGGCCAACCAUGUCCACAGACGAGAUCAAAAUGUCGAUGAGCCAAAACUGCGCCUCUUCGCUCCCUGGCGCCGUGGUUCCUCGACAUCGGCCUCCUCUACGGCUCUUUCGCUGGGGCGGUGUCGUGCUACAGCCUUCCAUACCUUCGUCGUUACUGCUUCACCAUCAAAUUGGCGCCGCAUGUGUGAUGGAGCAGCUGGCCCGCGAUGGGGCAACAACCAGACUCGGCAUGCCACUACACGUUGUUCACCGGUCGCUGCUCGGCGAGAGUCACGACGCGAAUACCACCCUCACGCCACCGGAGAAAGGUAGAGGCGUAGACCUACUGUGUGGACUGACGUGCCGUCAAGUCCUGUAUGUGUCCACGUUGACCCUCGACGUGCGUGCAGACGGGGGACGGCGCGACGAGCACGAGCCGGUUCUUCAAGAGAGGACGGUGUCUCGCUCACCAUCACCAGCGGUACACGGAGCUCAACCAGCGUGCUCCUCCUCAGAUCCCACCCCGUGGCAUGUGCUCCUGUGCACCGUGCUCCUCGACAAGGGCGAGCAGACCUCGAGAUCAAACGAGUCUGCGGAGACCUUUUCCGGCACUUCGGCCAGUUUUGACGUCGGCGCGGCCAGUGCUACUGCGAUGAGGAUCGAUCGGGGAGAAGGUCAAGCGGCCUCGUAUCUGCUGUGCGGUUUGCCUGCGCGUGUGUCUGCCGUGCCCCCUCAGCAGAAGCCCCGUGCUGCUGCCGUAACGCACCCCUCUCCCCUCUUCACGUGGCAUUGGAUUCCGCUUCACGUCGCCGCAUCGUUCCCUGCUCCUAGCGAUUGUGGCAGCGGUGGAAUGGCCCCUGCGGGGAUUGUAUCGACAGGGAGUGGGGGAGUCGAACAAAAUCUUGCGCCGCUUGCCAUCACGCGCGUUCUUCCUCUUCCUUCGCCGAAGCGUUUCUCGCCAGCAGCGUUGCCGCCGACCCAUGCGGCGACUGUGAGUGCAAAGAGCGUCCCCCACGCGGUGGCGCCAGGCUCGUACUUUUACUGUGAAGGCAUGCUGAGUGAUCCUGCUGUCCCGGGUGCACCACAUGGCCAGGAGGCGAGCUAUUACUUGAUCGUGCAGGGGGGUCGUCUGCGUCGCCUUCUCGAGCGGUCUGCUGCUGCUGCUGCGCUGACUGAUGACUUUGAACAAGUGUACAUGUAUACCACCGUCGACCCCGAUCUCGUACGUGUGGUGGAUACAUCACUGGCCAGCCACGUGCGCGUGCCUCGCUGA